GAAAUAAUUGAGCUACAAAAGAUAUUAAAUUUUGGAUUACAUUGACGAUCAUUUGAACACUGAAAUUGGAGAUGGAAUAGUAUUAACAAUAGUAGGGAAAUCUGGAAGAAGGAGGUUUGUGGGAAAGAAAAUGAAUUCUAUUUUUGACAAGUUGAGUUUGAGAUGCUCAGAAGCAACAUUACAAUCCUGGGAAAUAGGUGUCCUAUUACAGAUGACAAAGAAGUUAAUUGACUUGAGGUGAGCAUUGGGAAGGUAGAGAUCUGGAGGAAAGAAAACAACAUAAAGUUGAACUGAUUUAAAGAUAGUGUGAACACUGGGAAAGAAGGCAAAUAGGGCCAUGGUACUGGCUGAGGAAAUGGGAAAUCUAGCAGUGUAGACUAAGUUAAGAAAAAACAAGUUUAAGAGGGAUGAAGCUUAGUGAUGAGUAGAGAGAGAUUUGGGUCAAAUAAGAGAAUUUGGUUAUUCUGGGAUAACAAACAUUCAUGGAUGGUGAUGGGACCAAUGAUAUGCCCAGAGUUUGGCCCUGUGCUGUUUUCAAAUUUUUAUCAAUGACUUAGAUGAAGGGAUAACUGGUUUGUUUAUCAGAUGUGUAAAUGACAUCAAGAUAGGAAGGAGAGUGGUUAAGUGACAAGAACUAUGGGGAUAUUUAGGGCUUUUGGACUAGAGAUAUGAUUUCAUUGAUAGAAUCAACUCUCCUAUGAGGAAAUUCCCCAAGUCAAAGAAAGUCAGCACUUCAGCUCAUAGUCUUGGAGAGCUCCCAAGAGUACCUACAGAUUAAAUAACUUGUCCCGAUUCCUCUAGACAACAUGUGUCAGAGAGAUAAUAGUAAUAAUAAUAAUUAGCAUUUCUAUAGCAAUUUGAGGUUUGCAAAGUGCUUUCCAAAUAUUAUUUCACUUGCUUCUCAUAACAGCCUGAGAGAGGUGUUCUUAUUAUCCCCGUAUUACAGGUGACAGAGUAGUUAAGUGACUUGCUCAAGAUCACACAGCUAGUCAUUGAGGGAGGAGUUUCUGACUCCAUGGGUAGUGCACUAGCCUGUACCAAAGGUAGGUCCACAAUUUAACAAGAAGUAGACCAGAUUAAACAAAAACAAAUUUUAAUAAAAUAAAUAAAAAUACAGUAAGACAUAGCUAAUGUUAAUUUAUGGUUUUCUAAGUCAGCAUGUAGCUGACAGGGAUCCUUACGCUGUCUAUUUGACUUUGCCACUGGCCCUCAGGGAUACCUUGCUGACCGCCCUCUUUCCCUCUCUUCCCCCCAUCAUCUCACCAUUGACCUGCCCUUCUUCAGUGAGAAAUAAUAAGGAUGCACGCAAAGUCCAAAUGUAGGAUUACAAAAGGCAGCAGUUGGGGGUGAAGAAAUCUUGAAAGAUCUUUGUAUAUGGCAAUAGAAAGAUUAUACGAUGAUCAGUUCUGAUGGACUUUCUUUUUUCAACAAUGAGGUGAUUCAGACCAAUUCCAAUGGUCUUGUGAUUGAAUGUUUGUUUGCUUUCUCAGUUUUUUCCUUCUUGAUCUGAUUUUUCUGUGCAGCAUGAUAAUUGUGGGAAUACGUAUAGAAGAAUGGCACAUAUUUAACAUAUAUUGGAUUACUUGCCCUCUAAGGGAGGGAAUGCAAGGCAGGGAAGGAAACAAUAUGGAACACAAGGUUUUGAACGAGUGAAUGUUGAAAACUAUCUAUGCAUGUAUUUGGAAAAUAAAAAGCUUUAAUAAUAAUAAUUUUAAAAAAUAAAAUAAUUGUAGACAAAAAAAAAAAAAUCCUGAGGAUUCCGGGGCUCUGCAAGCUCAGUGUUAGACAAAAGCGCCCACAGACUAUCCCCGUGAGCGGACGAGCACUAGCCUGCAAGUCUGGGGAGAGGCUCCCCUGUCCUGGAAGGCCGCCCCCCGCCCCGAGCACAUCUGGGGCUCCGCGGUCACACUUUGGCAAAGACAAGACAGGUAGUUUGCCGGUGUCAGAAUCCAAAGGCCCCCAGGACGCGGGGAAGAGCGCCCGGCCCGGAGGUGGGGAGGAAUGGGGGGCUCAGCUUGCACAGACAGCGGGGGCGUGGGGUGCAAGUUGGGCUGACGUGCCGAAGAGAGGCUGACCCCGUUCCGUCUGGCCCCAGGAAGGGCCAGGGAGGACGGCUGCGAGGCGUGGCAAGGCGGGGCGCAGUUUCAGGGGUCCCAGAGGAGGAAAUGCGUGCGUGGCUGCGUCGGCCUGGGAUGCAAGGGGGAGGGGGCGAAGGAGAGAGCCGGGGUGUGGCGGGCCAAGGUCGGACAGAGGCUGUCCCCGCUUUUCUAUGACGUCACUCCGAAGUCACCUGCGGGCCUCAGGGAUGGUGACGUCAUCGCGCCGCGGAAGGGAGAAGCGGAGGGGCAGCGCGAGCUGGGCGGAAGUCUGAACGGUCACUCCGCGGACUCGGCUCCUUUAAGAACAGUCUCCACCUCCUUGUUCUAAAGGGCUCCAGCAGACCAAUGGUGGGGUCGGAGUAGAGUGACAUCACAGCAGCGGGGGCGGGGGGGCCCGGCUGGGUCUCCCGAGAGAGGAGGGGCCGGAGGAGGGAACCCGACCAGGCCCUGAUGUCCCCUCCCCCUUCUUACUCCCCCCUCCUCCGGCCGGGCUUGGGCCUGCCGGAGAGCUGGCUCUGACCUUGACCCUCACCUUGACCCUGAUCUUCCUGCGUCCUUAGCCCUGGACUUUAGUCUGUCCCGUGCGCCCGAGGUCCCAUUUCUUUUAACCCAUUUCCAUCUUUGUUCGUGGGGCUUCCUCCACCUGUCCCCUCCGGUCCAGAGUCCCUGCUCCACCCCAACCACUCCCCCCCACGUGAUCCAGUGUGGUCCCCACCCUCUGGGUCCCAGCCUUUCCCUCCUCUCCCCAUCCCUGCAUCCUCCUCCCCCCGGCCCUUGCCCAUGGCAUCCUCAGGCCUGGCAGGGGAUCUGAGGGCCGUGCUGGGGGGCCAGGGGCUGCCCGUGCUGGAGUAUGACUCUGUGCCCCGAAAGGUCUCACCUGUGCCCGUGCAGCUCAGGAAGAAUGUCUCCUAUAUCGUGCUGGCUGUCUUCUUCAACGACCAGGGUGAAGUGUUAAUGAUCCAGGAAGCCAAAAGAGAGUGCCAUGGGUCUUGGUAUCUACCUGCUGGGAGGAUGGAGCCUGGGGAAACCAUUCUGGAGGCACUGAGACGGGAGGUGAAGGAGGAGGCAGGCCUAGAAUGUGAGCCAUUGACGCUGCUGGCAGUGGAGGAGCGAGGUCCCCGCUGGAUCCGCUUUGCUUUCCUUGCCCGUCCCACAGGUGGGAUCCUCAAGACUUCUGAGGAGGCAGAUAAGGAGUCCCUCCAAGCUGGCUGGUAUCCACAAGCAGCCUUGCCCACCCCGCUCCGUUCCCAUGACAUCCUGCCCCUCAUAGAACUGGGUUCCCACUAUUUCCAACAAGCUAAACAUCCUCCUACUCUGCCCCAAGAGCUUCCCUGCAAGUUUAUCUGCCAGAGGCUUAUAGCUGCCUUUACCAGUGCCAAGAAUAUAUGGGUGUUGGCAGGUACAGAAGGCAGUCUCCAUUUGCCCAUCACAGCCUGUGGACUCACCCCAUCAGAGCAGAAUAGCAGCAUUGUGGUGUCGGUGUUUCGACUCCUACAGCAGUGCCUGACGCUCUCUCAGUUGACAGUGAAGACCCAGGGGGUACUGGGGCUGCAGCACCUGGGCAAGAAUCAGGCCGAUGGGAUCUGCCUGAAUGUGCUAGUAACAGUGGCCUAUAGAAACCCAGGUGUCUUCAACAAGCCACCCGAGAUUCAAGGAAUCAACUUCUGCUGGUGGCAGGUGGAAGAGGAAGACAUGAGAAGCCACCUCCUAAAGAGACUUCAAGAAGUGUCCGUUGUCCCAAUUCACAAUUAGCUGAGCCGCUGGGCAAUGGGCACACAUGUAGGUAACUGAGACCACAUGGUUUUGAAUUUCCUAGGAUGCCUGGGAGUUGAGCCCACAGAAAUCUUCUGGGAAGGGGGGUGAAUAGGGACCUGUAGGUUCUCAGGCCACUAUCCUCCUUCCACUCCCUAGUGCUGCUUUUUGCUUGCCAAUGGGAACUUUGACUAAAUUUGGGCAGAGAGUUCAGAGCCCAAACACUGGUCACCUAAGGCAGAUUGAAAGCCUACCCAUCAUAGAGCCUGAGAUUAUAAAACAUCUUGGCUGCAGAUGAAAUCAGGUCUACUUCUCUUUUGUGGCCAGCUUGCCAAUGGUAACAUCUUUUAUCUUCUUCUACAGUGCUGAAGCCUGUGUGUGUGCCAGUUGAAGGGUAAAUGGGAGGCUGCUGCAGCGUGCCCUCUUCCUGAGCAACUGGGUGACUGACCAUGUCAUUGCCCUGCUCAAAAAUAGCAUUAGAAAAUAUAGACUUCUAUACCAGGCAUCUAAAGCCUUCUACAGUCUGACUUGCACUUAGGCUUCUAGCCUUCUUGCGUACUUGUUCCCUUGGUGAAGUCUACAUUCCGGCCAUACUAGACUGCCUGCUGUUAUGGAACUCAUCUCCCAGCUUUGUGUAUUUACAUGAGGUUUCCUUUAAGCUUGGAAUGCACUUCCUCAUCUCCAGUUCUUGGGAUCCUUGACUACUUCAUGGAUAAGUUCGGGUGCCGCCUUCUCUGUGAAACAGUCACUGACUCCAUUAUUCUUUUUCACUUUCCCUUGUGUUAUGCUUCUUUGUCUGUCUAUCCCCACAGUAGAAUGUAAACUCCUUGAGAGCAGGACUAUUUCUUUUUCAACCCUUUAUGCCUCUAAUAAACACUUAGUAUAUAAGUGCUUAAUAAAUGUUCAAUGAAGCUC